AUGGCCUACAACCCACAUCUGGUGCUAUUUUGCGCAACAUAUGGGAACAAGGACUGCCUUUAUGCUGUUUCAAAUGCUAUAAGUCUUCACCUUUAUCAAGCCCUACAAAUCCUGAAUCAUGCAUUAGGAAUCGUUACUCUCGUCUGCAACUUUGGAUGAGCAACUAUCGCGCCUUGUCCGGUUUCUACUUCAGCAAAUUCUGCUCCGUUCGUCUUCUUUCGUGUAUGUUGACCUGGUUAAAUCAGAACGUAUGCUGCGCAAGAAAGCGGCGUGGUUAACUACUAUCUUCACCAAGCAUGGAGCGCUAUCAGUGGGUGUGCAGCGCGGCCAUGUGCUGGGUUUCACUGAGGAAAAUGGCCCGCUCUCGUAUUUGGAUUGGGCAGCUGGGAUUGUCGAUGCGAUAGAUGAUCCGGAUAGGGGUUAUGAUUCGCGCAAUGUUUGUGGUUUGAAAAUCAAUGGAAGGGCAGCGAUUCCGUGGGGUACGCCUAUGCGUGUUCUUUUGGGGUUGGUGAGGCAUUGCUUGCCCUUUAUACAUUCCCAUUUGCCGUCUACGGGGCCUGCUUAG